AGUGUUGCAGUACUGAAGAAUACAUAGUACUUUUAGUACUGAAGCCGGAGGUCUUCAGGUUUAACUUGAGUUACAUAAGUUAAGUAAUAAAUAUCAUUAACGUUUAGCAUCAUAGAUUUGAAUAAAUCUGUUAUUUUUGUAUUUGUACCUGACGACAGUAAAAACUAAUAAUUGCUCUUGCGUUUUUCUUCCUUCCUUCUUUUCUCAAUUUGGAUUGUCUUUUAUUCUGAAACUCCAACAAACGACUUUCUACAGUGAAAUCUGAACUUGUGUGUGUUGAUGUGUAGCUCAGGUCCACGUUGCAGUAUAAUGUGUAUUCACUGUGUGUGUGUGUUACUGACUGUCUCUCUGUGCUCUCCCCCCAUGCAGUGUGAGCAGUGGUCGCAGACACACACACAACAACAAACCCCGCCCCUUCCUCCCGCACCGCGCCCCGCCCCCUCCCCUCGCCCCCUCACCAGAGCGACGCGAGUGUUGCAUAGCGAGAAAAAACCGGACGGCAGCCAUGGAGAGCUGCACCGAGGAGCAGCAGCGGGAGGAGGUGAAAGUAGAGGAGUCGGAGGAGAAGACGCACAAUGACCUCAAAGCGAUCAACAGAGUGAUGGAGGAGGAGGAGGCGAGCGGAGGGCAGACGCCACAGAACGGAGAGCGAGGAGGAAUCAUGGGAGCAGAUGGAGGAGGAGACUUGUCCUCCAUCAACGCCAUGAUGUCAGCUGUGAUGUCAGCGGCGGGGACCAUCAACGGCGGAGGAGACGGAGGAAGAGAGAGCGGAGUCACCUCGGCCAACUCCUCCGCCGGGCCGUCGCCCAGUCCCUCGCCAACCAAGUCGCUCACUGGGGCCAUGAGAGCUCCGCCCGGCCGCAGCGCCCGACGCACACAGGACACCAAAGACGAAAGCUCAGCUUUUAUUUGUCCGCUCUGUGACAAGGACUGUCAAACACAGCACCAGCUCACCAUGCACAUCAGACAGCACAACGCUGACGCCGGAGCGACGGACCACUCCUGCAGCAUCUGUGGGAAGUGCCUGAGCUCGGCCUCCUCUCUGGACCGACACAUGCUGGUCCACAGCGGGGAGAGACCCUACAAGUGCAACGUCUGUGGGCAGACCUUCACCACCAACGGCAACAUGCACAGACACAUGAAGAUCCAUGAAAAGGACCCGGCCAGCGGCCUGCUCCCCCUCAGCCCCCCGUCCCCCAACAAGCGCCGCCGUCCGUCCGUCAAGAGGAGGCAGAGUCCAGAGGAGGAGAUGGGGGAGGAGCCUCCCAGCAAGAAGGUGGUGGAGGAGGCGACCGCGGUGGAGGCCGUGGCUGGAGUCCGAGGAGUCGAGGAGGAGCUGCUGCCGUGUCCCAUAUGCUUCAAGACGUGCAACUCCAGGCUGGAGCUGGACACACACAUGGACACACACCCCGACACGGCACUGAGGUGUGACCUAUGCUGCCUGUCCUUCCGGACUCACCGGGGGAUGUUGCGUCACAACGCGGCGGUGCACGACCUCCUCCCCCAGGACCCGAGCGGGCGCCCCUUCAUCCAGAGCAACCCCUCCAUCCCCACCGGCUUCAACGACCUGGCCUUCAUCGACUUCUCCUGCAAGAAGUUCGCUCACAUCGCACAGGUGUGGUGUGAGACGAACCUCCGUCGCUGCAUCAGCAAGUUCCACCGGUUUGUCUGCGACUGCUGCGACCGAGCCUUCCCCCUCCGCUCAGCGCUGGACCUCCACAAGAGCACCUCCCACUCCGCCGCCAUCACGCAGCAGGAGGACGGGGUCAAAGGGCAGGAGGAGGAGGGCGGAGCUGCAGAACACACCGUCGACAGUCUGCGUGUCAAGGAAGGAGUCCCGCCCCCACAGCAGGACCACUUCCUGGGGGCGCUCGGCCUCAGCCACGUUUCUAAGGUGAAGUCUGGGCCCACGGACGACGAGAUCCACCAGGCGCACCUGGACAGCAUCAAGGUGAUCCACGUGGAGCCGCCCUCCUCCAGCCUGCCCCAGGAGCCCGCCUCCGCCUACCUGACGGGGGGCCUGACCCUGGGAGGCCUGGCGGGCCCCGCCUCCGCCCUGCAGGGCCUCUCGCAGAUGGACGCCAUGAGCCUGCUCUCCCUGCAGCCCUUCCAGACGGGCUUCCUGCUGCACCCCGACGGCGGCGGUGCCGCGACCACCGCCUCGUCCGGGUUCAAGCCCGGGGAGGUGGGCGGGGCCAUGGAGCUGGCCAACAUCCAGCAGAUCCUCAACGUGGCGAGCGCGGCGCAGAGUCAGAUGGGGCUGACGCUGCCGCCUCUGGCCAAAGCCCCCGGGUUCCCCGGAGGUCAAGGUCAAGCCCAGGGUCAGAAGUCAAUGCCCCCGUUGAAGCCUAAACCCCCCAUCACGCCUCGCUGCAGCCUCACGGCGACGACGCCCCCCCCGCUCCAGAGCUCCCAGCAGGCCUCACUGGGCUGCAUCAGCCCCAGCCUGCCGCCCCCCAACCCGGCCCUCUUCAAAACGCCGUCCUCCUCCUCCUCCUCCUCCUCUUCCUCUUCUUCGGCCGGGACCGGAGGGCAGCUGGAUGCGGAGUGCGACUCGCCGCCAGACUCCACCCCGGCGGUGCACGAGGAGGCGGGGCUUAGUGGGAGAAAGCCAGGCACCAAGGGGGGCGGCAACGCCGGCUCGGCCAAAGGCCUGUUCCCCUGCCGGUUCUGCGACCAGGUGUUCUCCUUCUCCGGCGUGCUGCAGGCGCACAUGCGCUUCCACCUCGGCAUCCUGCCGCACCAGUGCAACAUCUGCGACUACGUGGCGCCCGACAAAGCCACGCUGAUCCGGCAUCUGCGGACGCACAGCGGCGAGCGGCCCUACGUCUGCCGCGUGUGCCACUACCCCUUCACCGUGAAGGCCAACUGCGAGCGCCACCUCAGGAAGAAGCACGCCAAGACCUCCAGGAAGGAGAUCGAGAAGAACAUCAAGUACAUCACCUCCACCAUCACGGCCAACCUCGCCGCCACCACCCAGGACACGGAGACGGGCUGCGCCGGGGCCGAGACCACGUGCCGGUUCUGCGGCGAGGACCUGAAGAACUACCGGGCGCUGCAGAUCCACCUGCGCACGCACAACGGCUGCCAGCGGAAGCCCUUCGAGUGCCGGCGCUGCGGCGCCGCUUUCCUGGCCAAGCGCAAUUGCAUCCACCACCUGCUGAAGCAGCACCCCGAGGUGCAGGAGCGGGAGAUCGAGGACCACAUCGCCACGCUGCUGCCCGCCGGCGCCGCCUCUGCCCGGGCGGCUCCGGCCAGUCAGACCAACGGGAUCGGUCAGGCGCUGCACGCCGUGAAGCUGGAGGAGCUGGCCAACGCCGUCUACGCAGCCGAGCCGGACCAGCCGCUGGACUUCUCCGCUAAGGGGCGCGGCGGAGGCGGCGCCGGGACUUCCGCUAGCGGCAGCAGCGGCGGGUGCAGCCUGCCGGGGUCACCCGGGGUCAAACUGGAGAGCGUCUCGCCGAGCUUCGACAGCUGCGCGCCGGACCAGCCCAUCGACCUGUCGGUGCCCAGCAGGAGGCCCAGGAGGGAGAUCAAGGUGGAGCCCAGCGUGGAGCAGCAGGCUCUCGCUCCGUCCAAGGAGGACGCGGCGGCGCUGCCUCCGCUGCACCCCCACCCCCAGCUGGGCUGCUACCAGCUCCCGCCGGGAUCCACCCCUCCCCCGGCCUCCCUCGCCAGCUCCACCCGGGCUGCACGCCUCAAACCGCUGCUGCCCAAGCCGGCCUCCACCUCGCCCGCCGCCCUCAAGGAGCUCCCCCCACUGGCCUCCAUCGCUCAGAUCAUCAGCUCCGUGUCCGGGGCGCCGGACCUACUGAAGAGGGAGGAGCCAAAACCGCCGGUCAUCGCUUCCUGUCCGGCCAGCGCGGCCGCCGAGGCUCCGGAGACGCCGGCGGCCGCGGAGACGCAGAGCGAGGAGACGCCGGAGGGACCGGCCAGGAAGCGGUCCAGGAAGAAGGCGCCCGUGAAGGAGAAGGCCGUCGCCAUCGAUCUGGAGUCCAGCGGCGAGUUCGCCAGCGUGGAGAAGAUGCUCGCCACCACCGACGCCAACAAGUUCAGCACCUACCUGCAGAGCGGCGCCGCGGAGCUGGGGGGCCGGCGAGUCGUAGACCGACCCGGAGGAGGCGAGGAGGAGAAGGAGGGAGGAGCCAGGGAGGAGGUGAAGCCGGCCUCCGUGGGGCCGCAGUCCAAAGGGAAGAAGAACGCGUACUCCAACUCGGUGCAGAAGAUGACCUGCCCCUUCUGCCCCCGCGUGUUCCCCUGGGCCAGCUCGCUGCAGAGACACAUGCUGACGCACACGGGUCAGAAACCGUUCCCGUGUCCCAAGUGCGACGCCUUCUUCUCCACCAAAUCCAACUGUGAGCGCCACCUGCUGAGGAAGCACGGCGUGACGCACCGCACGCUGCGGCGCAACGGCGCCCUCGGCAAGAAGGACGGGGACGAGGGGUCGCACGAGAGCGCAGAGAGCCAGUCGGAAACGGAGCAGAUGGCUCCAGAAGCUCAAGACCUCAGCAGCGUGAACACCUCCACAGACUCAGGCUCCGCCCCCACGCCGGAGAGCCCCGCCCCCUCAGACCAACAGGAGGGGGAUUCGGCGCAGUCGAGCCCCGCCCACAAAGCCAGCCGCAGUUGCAGCCCGAGUGCAGAGCAGCUGGAGUCGGACGCCACGGAGCAGCAGGGGGCGCCAGAGGCCGGAGGGUCACCUGGAGCGCAGCCUCCACAGAGCAGCAAGGUGGAUAACGCCGCCGCCGCCGCCGCCGCCGCCGCCGCCGACGACGAUGACGAUUGCCAUAGCAACAAGAGUCUGGACCUGAACUUCGGCAAAAAGCUUAUCGACUUCAAGCUCUCCGCGUCCUCGGGGCCGGCUCAGGAGGAGCAAGCCCCCCAACCGGCGCCCUCCUCCUCCUCAGAGAGCCAGGAGAAGGAGAAAGGAGCCUCCUCCUCCUCCUCCUCCUCGCUGUCCGGCAGCCCGGCGUUGAAACAGCAGCCGGAGUACAAACACGUGUGUCGCGUGUGCAGGAAGAGUUUCCGCUACGCCACCACGCUCGCUCGUCACGAGAGGGCGCACCUCUCCGAGGAGACGCCGCAGGAGGAGAACUCGCCGGGCAAAGAGGAGUCGACGGAGGGCGAUGCCGGCCAACCGGCGGAGGAGAAAGAGGAGCUGGAAGACGCAGGAGGCGAGAGCGAAGGAGGGGAGAGCGGGGAGUCUGAGGAGGAAGAGGACGAAGAGGAGGAGGAGGAGGAAGAGAAGAAGGGGGAGGAGAGGAGCGACGAGGAGGCGUCGGAACCAAAGAGUUUAGAAGGAGGAGAGGCAUCGGGGAGGCGGCUGGACAAGAGAAAGAAGAUUUGUAACGUCUGUGGAAAAAGAUUCUGGUCUCUGCAGGAUUUAACCAGACACAUGAGGUCGCACACAGGUGAGCGGCCCUACAAGUGUCAGACCUGCGAGCGGACCUUCACCCUGAAGCACAGUCUGGUCCGGCACCAGAGGAUCCACCUGAAGCCGCGCGGCGCCGACGGAGCCUCGGCCGCCGCGGACGACGCCAGCGAGGACGGAGACUCCUGCGCGCCGACCCCGCCCUCCACCUGCCCGCCCUCGGAGAAUGAGAGCGAGUGUGGUAGCGGCGUCGCCGCCAUCAAGGGGCUGGAGGGGGGGGAGGAUGAGGAGGAGGAGGAGGAGGACGAGGAAGAAAACCCAGAAAAACAAGCCGGGGCAGAUUCAGAGCCGCCAGCAAGCGAGACGUCUGAGGAGCGGCCGCCCCCCCCCGCCGACCCGACCCCCGGCCAACAAGCUACUGACACAAAGACAACUACUACGCCCGACUCCGUCUCCAAAGACCCCCCCUGCCCCGCCCACUCGUCCUCCUCCAGCCCUCCUCCACGGGACCUCAUCCAGGGGCUACUGGAGAUCCACGCCAAGCCCCCCCUCCCGGAGCCCGCCCUGCCCAACGUAGAGCCUCCUCUGGUGGGGGCGGACUGAGGGACCCCCGCCCCCCAAAAC